CAAAUUUAGCUCCUUCACAGGUGCGUCUGUGGUGGCGGAUUUCCUACCCCCAAGCACUCCCACUUCGCUACCCCACUGUCUCGUCCCGCAAAACCUGCCCACAAUCUAUCAGGCCUUUCCGAACGCGCUCUGAAGAAUUAGGGUAAUUCCUUGACGAAGUCGGAUUGUACAGGGUGAUUUUUCGAGGGGUAUGGAUCGUCCGAGGUGGCCAAAAACCGGCUGAUCUGAUGGUCCGUUGGGAUCUCGACUUUCCACCACUGUGCAGUCCUGCCAGUUGUGCAAUUCGGCUUGCGACGCACAUGCUUAUCGCUCAUCCCGGUAAACCUUGUUUUGCUAUCCCUACCUUCUGCUUUUCUCCUCGCCACUCUGCUCAUCCCGUCGUCCCGUCUCGCCUUCCGCCAUGGCUGCUGCCUCGCUCGCCGCCUCCCGGCCCUCCGGCCUCGCCCUCACCGCCGCGGCGUCGCUCCGCGACCCCGCCGCCUCCGCCUCCACCUCGCUCCGCGUCCAGCAUCCGUCCGCGGGGAAUCCGGGCCCGAUGCGGGCAGUCCGACACGUGGCAACCAACGCGGUGGCGGAGGAGCAGCCCGUGGUGGCGGAGGCGGCGGCGCCGGUGGCGGAGGCGGAGCUGAAGCGCGGGAUCGCGGAGUUCUACGACGAGUCGUCUGCGGUGUGGGUGGAGAUCUGGGGGGAGCACAUGCACCACGGCUACUACCCCGAACCCAACCAAAACGCCUCCAGCGCCACUAACGGCAGCGCCUCUAACGGCUCCGCUAUAAAUGGCGUCGCUACUAGCGGGAACGGAAGCGCAGUGAUCGGCGGGAGCGUGGAUCACUUCACGGCGCAAGUUGAGAUGAUCGAGCGCGUGCUCGCAUGGGCCACGGCCGACGACGGCGAGGGCUGGAAGCCGAAACGCGUGGUGGACGUGGGAUGCGGCGUGGGCGGCAGCGCGCGGCACAUGGCGCGCAAGUACGGCGCGCAGGUGGACGCCAUCACGCUGAGCCCGUGGCAGGCGGCGCACGGCAACCAGCGCUGCAAGGACGCGGGGCUCGCCCAGCAGGUGCGGCUGCAGGUGGCGGACGCAAUGGCACAGCCGUUCGACGACGCCACGUUCGACCUGGUGUGGUCGCUAGAGAGCGGCGAACACAUGCCGCGCAAGGCGCAGUUCGUGCGCGAGUUGGCGCGCGUGGCGGCGCCGGGCGGGCGGGUGAUCAUUGUGACGUGGUGCCACCGCGACCUGCUGCCGGGGGAGACGCAGCUCGCCGCGGGCGAGCAGGCUCUCCUGCAGCGCAUCUGCGACGCGUACUACCUGCCGGCGUGGUGCUCGCCCUCCGACUACGUGCAGUUUGCCAAGGACGCCGGCCUGCAGCGUGUGCGAGUGGCGGACUGGACGGACAACAUCUCGCUCUUCUGGCCCGCGGUCAUGCGCUCUGCGCUCACGCCCAAGGGCAUCUGGGGGCUGCUCUCAUCAGGGUGGAAGACGUUGAAGGGCGCCGUGGCCAUGCUGUGGAUGGUGCAGGGGUACAACAGUGGGCUCAUCAAGUUCGCCCUCAUCACGGCGCACAAGCCAGAAAGCAGCUAACUCAGGAUACGUCAUUCGUGCGCACAAUGUUCUGUUACGUUUUAGGUCUGCGUCAUGGUGCUGCAGGCCCUAGUUGAUGAAUGGAACAUGCCUUAACAAGCUUCUUCACAAUGUGUUUUCGUAUAGGGAAAGUCCGAAUUGUCAAAGCAGCAAGAGCAAAACACAGAAGCGUUUCCCAUGUAAAAAUGGUGUUGAAGCAGAGUGCUAACAAUUUGGUAAAUUGAGGUUAAUUAUUGUUGUGGUAAAAUCG